GAACAUCUUGUCUAAUCAGUUCAAAUUCUGAAUUUGAAUUUCCAAUUACAAUAUACAUAGUGACCUGUUAAUAUAGAUCUUUAUCACACUGUGCUGUGUCCACUAGAUGCUUUAAAUAUUUUGGUUUACCAUUUGCAUUUACUGUAUGCUCACAGUUGUCCAUGCGUGUGAUUUUGGCUGUGAUAUUAGAUUUAAAAACAAAACAGACCAAACAAACAUGCAGGAUAGUCUUCUGUUAUUUUUUUAAAAUCAAUCUGCCGUACAAAAAUGUGAGUGCUAAAUGUUCAAACUAUACAUUAUGAAUGCAAAUAAACAUACAUCUGCAAAUUUAUGAAUGUGGACCCUCAGGAAUAAACAUUCACUCCAGAGAAUGUUUGGCUCAGGUGUAGUCACUUGCAGUGAAGUCAUAGUGAUUAAAACAACAUAAUAAACUCAUGUCAUUCAUAAAAACGGAUCUUCAUAAGGCAUAAACUUCAACUCUAUUUUCCCAUGACCUCUGCUUCCUUUCAAUUAAAGUAGGUUGUACUCUGUAAAGUUUACAUCAGUAUGAUAUAAUUAUAAAUAAAUAACCAUAAAAAUCUGUGUCAUGUCAUUCAGAGAUAUUUUGUUCAACGGGAGUCGGCAGCCUCCAGGCCCUCGCUGUCGACAGCACUGAGCUGUGAGUGCAGUGCUGGAAUUUAUUGUUACACAUGUGUGAAGUUUGGAGGUAAGCAGCACUGUGUCAGGCGUGGGCUGGUUAAAUCUUGUUCUGUCUGGUUAGGGCAUGGUAGUGCAUUUACAUAUAUUAUCAUUGCACCACACUAGGGUGCUGACCUCCGUGAGGCAAUCAGCUAAAAAAACAUGUAAUUUGUCACUCUGGCUCAUACUGCUGUUGACCCAGUGCCUGAGUAUUCAGUAAACGAGACUUCAGCGGUGAAAGGGGAAUGAAAAGUGGUGCGCAACUGAAUUUGUAUUGCAUAUUAACACCACUUUGGCACACAGCAACAUGUCAACAUGUCAGCUAUAUAUUAAGGUCUGUUUAAAAGCGUAGAGACAUUUAAUGUGCUUAUACUUGGUGAUAGUGCAGAAUAUAACUUCUGCGAAAUAAGGCAAGAAUUCUCAGCUGCCCUCUGAUGAGCCUGCCACUCCAGUCCAUGCUUUAGCCAGGACACUAUAUCAACAAAUAACAGCGCCAUCUUCUGCAACUGCAAGAGUAUAAAAGCACUGCAUUUGUCCUGUGAUCAUGGAGCUCCCUCUACUGGGGAUUUUUAUAGGAAACGAAUGAACUUAAAGUGAGGCUGCACAAUAGGAAGCAAUAUCCAGUAUGUGAGAAGCUAUGUGACAACACAGCAUUAUAAUGCAGUGCUGUCGUGCUGCAGAGAUGUCCUGGCCAACAUAAGCGUCAUGUCUUUUUUUUUUUUAGCAUACCCUGCAGCUCUACUCUAAAGCAAAAUUACUGCCAUAAUGUAUUUUUGAGCAUAUAAAGUACACAAACUCACAAACAAAAUAUGGCUAUGGAUUCCCCUCUACUGCUGAGCUUCAUUCAUCAUUUCUAUAUAUGACUUACUUACAUAUGCUCUUCUUUUCUCAGUCUGUCUCUUCAUUUCUCUCCCACUCUCUCCCUUCUAAAAAAAAAUAAUUUGCUAGGCACUCACAGAACGUGUUAAUUCAUGCCCCUUUAAACUUGUGACACUUGUAUCAGGUUUAAAUGAGUCAUCGAGGCACUUACUGCCAAAGGCUUCUCCUUUUUUUUUUUUGGGCUUAGAUAAGAUAAGAUGUUGUGUUUUUGUUGAGUGCUGCACUGUGGCGACCAGCAUCACAGUUACAAAUUAGGAAAAAAUUACAAAGAACCGUGGGGAAAACCAUGGGGAAUCAAAAAGCUGAACUACCAGUAUAUGACCAGGCUGGCUGAGAGGGUCUGCAUGACUACAUCUCACACAUUUUCAUAGGAGUUCCAGCCACUCCCUCCUUGUCGUAGGUAUAGAUAUUCCAAGGUCAAAACCAGCACAGCAAAAAAAAAUUUUAUUCUUAACUAACUCAGAUGCGUAAGCCAUGGGAGUCUCGGGAGAUACAUGAACCAGGGAAUGUGAAAUACAAGUAUACAUAGAGGAUGUGUAGUAUACUACCAAUUCUUUUUUUUGACAUACAUGAUUUUUUUUGUCUGUCUGAUAUGCUUUUAAUGUGUCUAUAUGUUCUGUGCUGUACCGUUGUUUUGCCUCCAAAAGGAUAUUGAAGUCUUUCUACACUCACAAAGGGGCACUGGGUUUCUGGGUGAGUUUGUCCAAUCCAAAAUUUAACCUUUCACCAAACAGAAGCUAAGAGUAGUUUAAAUCGGUGUGCGGACAGAGAACCUUGCAGGAACCGGCUUUUAAUUCAGAAUGGAACUCUACAUAGCGUUCUGUAUUACCAGUUUAACAAGCUGUAACGUGCUGUACAACAUGUUCUGUUCUCCCUUUUCACCCUCUGUGAGCUCAUUAGCCAGCUUGUCUUUUAGUGCACCAAGUGUAGAUGUCGCUUCAAAACACAAUCUUAACACGUUCUUUCUUCAUUUCUUCAUUCUUUUUCACCCUUAACCGCGUUUUUAGAUGAUCCUUGAAACUCCUCAGGGGUUAAAAUUUACUUUGACCUCUCUUCCUGAUCUUGAGAUAAUACCCUUAACAACUUGACCUAUUAAAAGAGAAAGUAAAUUCACUAUCAUAUUCCUACAGACAGGUUACAGACAAUUAAUUGAACCAGGCAAGUCUAAUUUAUCUGUUACACUCAAAGCUUUCAUUGGGAACAAAAUAAUAACAAUCACGACAUGUUGCUGAAUCCUCCACAUAGGAAUACGUUCCUGUAAACCACAGAGCUCUUCCAACAAUAUUUGUUUUUUAAAUGUAACAUUUAAAAAGCCAGUCCAACUCUGUCUUUACUGAUUUGAAUACUUUAAUUCUUGUCUUUGACUUGUCAUCUUUCUCAGUUCACCUGAUGGCAUCUGUCUUUUUCACAUCAGACAUGUUGACUUGUUGCAGAGGGAAAAGCACAGGUGUUACUAAUAACUAAAUACUGGCUUUGUACCCUGAAAUGAAAGCAGCUGAAUUAAAUUAAGCCAUCAUUUAAUUUUAUUUUAGUUUUGCCUGUGCCUUUCUUCCAUGUCGGAACAGCUCCUGUGUAAAAGUGUUUAAUGUAAAACGAUUCAUUUUCAUUAGUUGUGCAACGCUUGUGGUACUCACACACACCAGCAGGCGGUUCUCCUGUAUGUCGCCUAUAAAUGACCUAUUCACUGUCUGUAGAUUUAAACCCACUGACACGAUUUUAACUCACUUGUAUACGCCAAUCUUACGUUACACUUAAUUGUGAUUUUUAAUCAGUGACAGUUGAUAGUUUUACCUGAUGAAGAGUCUUCCAGGAUAAAGAUAAAGAAAAAUGUCAUUUGGCACCUGUUGCAGGCCAGUCAUACACAGCCACUUGCCUGCUGUUUUGGCACAUUGUGUGUGUAACCUGUGGCCUCCAAGUUCCCAUCAAGCACACUGCAGACAGAUUAAUAUGAAUAGACGCUUCUUUAUAAUCCCACAUACCGUGAAACCAAAUUGUACUCCUUUUUUGCGAGAAAAGGUUUAUAUGCUUUGAUGUUUAUGACAUGUUUAUGUUUACGACAUGUUUACGACAUUCUACAAAGUCCACAGGAGGAGUCAUACACAAGAUGAUUUCCAUGGUUUUCUAUUAUCAAUUGAAAGGUCACCAAAUGUCCCCUACACCUUGCUGACAUUUUGCAACUUUAACUGAAUUUGAACUACACAGGUUAUUUGUCCACUAGAUGACACUGGCAGAUCACAAAAUGACAUUUGCAUCGAUGAGCUUGCAGCUGCUAUUAUACUGGGAUUGAACGGUAGGGAACAGCUUCAGUGGAAUUCACCUGAACCUGUUAAAAUUAACACUUUGGAAAAUAUAAAGUCAUCUAUUUUGUAGGCCUCUCUGCAUGUGAAAGCUGUGGCCAUCACAUGAUGCAAUCACCUAUAGCUCGAUAUCUGCAAAGCCAAUGAGAGCAGAACCCAAAAACACGAACCUUGGAGAAAACUGUAUCCCUGUUUUGAGAAACCUGGAUGUGCCACCUUAACAGGAUCUCAGUCAGCUGCUUUAUUCUGGGGAAUCAUUGUCUAUUUUAAUAUCCAGCUUGUAAAUAAAGUAAGUAAAAGAUGAAUAACACUUUUAUUUUGUAGUCAAUCCGCCUACAGAUUAAGUUUCUGCUCAGUUUCCAUCUGAUUCUUCCAUUCAACGUCACUUGCUCAUUCUUCACAUACAUUAACAUUUCCCAAGUGCCACGUUAAGAGGGGAAGCAUUUUUCAUCAUCAUCAUCAUCAGUUUUUAUGAUGCAUUAUUAUCAAUGCAGUUUAUAUGGUGUUGAUGCCGUUUUUUCUAAGCCUUGUCCCUUCCCCCCAUGUUGUUAAACUCAACUCCUUACACUCUUUUUCACCAUCAUCAUCACUACGUCUAACUACUGUCUGUGUCCGGGUGAGUUUGUCUUGAGACAGUUUUCUUGUUAAGGCCUUCCUGCCAGCUCUAAGCAGAAUUUUCACAGAGUUAUUAUCAUCCUUCAGCACCACUUUUAGUUGGGGGCCUUAAGCACAUUUUUGCACAAAUUCAUCUAAAAGCGCUAAAUUUGGCACAGAUGUAGCUCAGGUCAUACUGAAAUGAUUUAGCUAGGGCGCCAGAGCAAGUGACCACCACAUCCAAUAUGGCCGCUGCCUGAAAAAAGGUUCCAGCUAUAACUUUUGAACCACAUGACUAACAAAUACAAACUUGAUAUCUUUUUCAGCUUGAUUUAUCAUGGGAGACACAUAGAAAUGUUAAUAUUUAUGACCUGGUGCAUCUGGACCCCUUAAUCCUCCAAUUUCAAUAUGGCCGCUGUCCAAAAAAAAAGUUUUGACUGUAGUAUGGGCCCUACAUCUCAUUGUUCGCGCGACAUAAGUCGUUAUCAUGAGAUAACAGUGCAUAGAAAGAGGAAAAAUCCAUGGCCGUUCUCGGCUUCCAUAGAUAAGAAAUAAAAGUGUUGAAAAACAUUUUUACACAGUUUAAAGUGACUGAAAGAGACUUAAAAACAAUGUUUUACUGAAAAAUAUACUUGAGCAUGGAAGCUGAGAACUGCCAUGGAUUUUUCUUCUUUUUUAUGCAAACCAGAACCUCAUUUACUCUCAGUGAUGGAACAUUUAGGAUCAAUAACCUGAGCAGGACUGAUGGGGAUGAAUAUAUUCUGAAAAGCUUUGAUUUUGAGAAUACAAACUUAAGCCUGUAACUCUAAAGUUGAACAUCCGAGGUAAAUAACUUUCUUUGCCUAUCAAGGGAUUAAUUAACAUUGACCAAUAUACAUGACUAAUUUUAUCGCUAAACUAUAUAUUUAUUCCUUAUAUAUUUGUAUCGACAGAGUGAGCAAGAUCAUGUUAAUGUCUAAAUUGAUGUGAGUGUGUUUCCUUCAGCUCCUAUGUCCUCUGUCCUGCUGAUCUCUGAGUGUCUGUCCCAGGGAGAGAUGAGGGUGUCCUGCUCCUCUGAGGGAGGGGACAGUCCUCAGUACAGCUGGACUCUAGAUGGACACACACUGACAGACGCUCAGCUCCUCUCUGGAAAUAGACAGUAACAACAUCACUCUGAGAGAAGACGUCUCAGGACAACUGGUCUGCUCAGUCAGCAACCAUGUCCGUCGGAUGUCUACCUGUGGAUUCAGAUUCACUGACUGCAGCUUAUCCAAUGGGAUGCACUUAUCACAGAGAGUGCUUGUAACCAGCCAAACCCAGCGUACUGAUCCAACAGCAACCCCGACCACAAUCACAGUAACAGAGGUGUCCUCUGUGGAUCAGUCACUGAUCAUACUUUGUCUGCGAACAGCUGUGGUGAUUCUUAUAUAAGUUGGGAUCGCCAUCUAUUUUGUUUGGAAGAAGAAGAAAUGCGAGAAAGCUGAAGGCUCUGCCGUCCCUGAGGAGAUGGACUAUGAGAACUCUGUUGUGAUGGUUGAAAUGAGAAGUUCUGCAUCUGAACUUUAACUUUCUGAACCAACACCUCAGUGUCGCCUCUCACUCUGGUCCGAACUGCUCUUCUUUGAGGACACGAAUAUGGUGAACAGUGGGACUUCAGCUUCAAGUGGAACAGCUGUGACCUGUAUGGUGGUCAAACCUGUAGAGCAGAGACACCUGGUCCAACAAGAGCAGCAAAGCAGGGGAGGACAUGAAACGCUGCUUUCCACAGAAACACUGAGGCUGCCUGCCUGCCUGCCUCACUGCCUGCCCUGCUGGCUGUGUGCUGCCGGGAAACCCAUCCAUGUCCUUCCCUUUGUCUCUCCUGCCACAGCAGGUUUUCACAGCCUGACAGGAGGAAGGCGACGUGGAGAUCUAAAAGGAGAGGGCAGAGGAGGGAGACGGGAAAAGAAGAGGAGGAAGGGAAGGAGAGACUCGUGACAAUGUUUUGAAGAGGAGACAAAACAAAAAAGGGAGGACUGCGCUUGGCCAGAGGUACAUAACCAGAGUGUUGGAUGGGAUUUAUCGGAGUAUAUUUCCCCAUGCUGACAGUUAUAUUGGUGUCUGUUUGUCCACAAGGCACACAGGUUCACCUCCAGGACUGUUUUCUUUGUCCUUCAUUGAGGAUAACUCAGGAAUGCUUUCAUUUCUUUCCCUGAUACACUUACAGAUUUUGGGCAUACUAACUCUCAGCUGAAGUAGAUGUUGUAUUGGGUCUUGUGUCUUCAUGAGGAACUGGGGCUCGGUCUGCUAACCCCGAGACCACAAGGAUUUUCUCACCUCGCAUCUACUCUAUCAACUAUCAGGAUCAACUCGUCUGUUACUAAAGAGUAGUGGACGUGGCGGUCAAAGCUCCCUCACCUGUGCAGACCAGACUUUGUUGUAUUGGAGAGGUCACGACCCCAAAGAUCUUCUGGGUCUGCCAGCCGAACACUCUCACAUCUGAUGCGUCCCAUCCUGUGGUGUAAAGAACGUCGACCCCCACUGCAAGAUGACAUCCGAAGAGCUCUUCCACCUGCCACUCAACGUCUAUAUCAUCAUCCUGGGCAUCGGCCUCUUCAUCCUCAUGCUCAGCCUCAUCUUCUGCUGCUACCUGUUUAGGCUCAGGCGACAGGGCGCGAGAGAGCAGUAUGGCUACAACGAGGUUGUUUUGAAAGGCGCGGGGAAGAAACUGAGCCUGCUUGGUCAAACAUGUGCUGUGUGUUUAGAAGAGUUUCGCAGCCGGGAUGAGCUAGGAGUGUGCCCGUGUUCCCAUGCUUUUCACAAGAAGUGUUUGCUCAAAUGGUUAGAGAUCCGCAGCGUCUGCCCGAUGUGCAACAAGCCUAUUUGUCGCCUCCAGUCUGACCCCCCACAAGCACCCGAGCGACCACAUAGUCUCCUGGAGGUCUGAGAGGGGAAUAUGUCCAGCAGCACUGUCAAGGCGACACCUGUCACUAAAGAGCAUCCUGUUUCACU